AUGCUUUAUUCCUUCCGGCCAUGGUACACAGCCGCAGUAAAAGGAGACAGCAUCAGCGCCAACUACUUCAUCGUAACAGCAAUCCUUCUGGUGCUAUCGACGGGGCUCCUCCUUUCCCACUUCCUCAGAAGAAAGCAGGCCCCACUGCCUCCCGGCCCAACAGGGUUGCCGCUGAUGGGUUACCUCCCCUUCCUUGGGCCUCACCUCCACCGCGAGUUCACCGCUCUCGCCGCCACCUACGGCCCAAUCUACUCGCUGCGGCUUGGGACGAAGCUCUGCGCGGUGGUCAGCUCCCCUUCCCUAGCGAAAGAGAUCGUUAGGGACAUGGACGCCGUUUUCUCCGACCGGGACCCGCCCAUCUCGGCCCUGGUGCUAAUGUACGGCGGCCAUGACGUGGCAUUCUCAAACUACGGCCCGGUCUGGAAGAAGCUCCCCAAGGUCUUUGUGAGAGAGAUGUACGGUGUGGCCAGUCGGGAGGAAUGCUAUGGACUAAGGAAGCACCAGGUAAGAAACUCCGUCAAAGAGGUGUACAAGAGAUGUUCUGGUGCGGCGUUGGACUUCGGCGAAAUAGCCUUCAAAACGACGGCGAACGCCAUUCUCAGCAUGUUGUGGGGAGGAGUGGCAGGGAACCACGAGGGCUUUUACGGUGAGCUUAGAGAGUUGGAAUCGGAGAUGCUGAUGCUGAUGGGUGCGCCGAAUGUGUCGGACUUUAUUCCGGCACUGGCCAGAUUUGAUUUGCAGGGUAUUGAGAAGAAGUCCAAGAGGUUGUUGAGCAAGUUCGACGAGAUCCUGAGCUCGGCGAUAGAGGAGCGGUUGAGAGCCGUCGAAAAGAGCGCCGGCACGGUGAGGAAGGACUUCUUGCAAGUGUUGUUGGAUUUGAAUCGCGGCGGUGGCGAAACAUAUAUCUCUACCAAUCAAGUCAAAGCUCUACUGAUGGAUUUUAUGGUGGGUGGCACAGACACAACGUCGACCAUGAUGGAGUGGACGAUGGCACAACUAGUUAAAAAUCCAGAUGCAAUGGCAAAAGUCUACCAAGAACUGAAUGAAGUUGUCGGACGAUCUGGGAGGAGGGUAUGCCCUGCACAACGUCUUGCAGUGAACACGAUAAAAUACGAGCUGGCUACGCUCUUGCAUUCGUUCGACUGGAAGUUGCCGCUAGAGACGGAGCUGGAAUUGUCGGACAAAUUUGGCUUUGUGAUCAAGAAGAUGAACCCUUUGGUCCUCGUUCCUACUCCCAGGCUUUCGAAUUUAGAGCUGUACUAA